GGCUGGGAAACUGUGCUAUGAAUUCGGUCCCAGUGAAACAAACACUGGAAGAGUCCAUCCCUGUGAAAGCAGCAGGAACCAUGUGAUCCCUGUGGAUCAGAGCUGCUUCACUCUAGGACAGUUUGCUCGUGCGCGCAAACGGAGCUCCUCUAAAGCGCGUGCAUGUAGAAGCUCACGGUAGCGCACUGGGCGCGUUACCGAGAGCGAGCACGCUCAUGCACGCGCAUCUCAUCUCAUUUCUGAGUUAUAACCUCGGGAAAGCAGCACUUCAUUUCCAACCCUGCUCCAUCCCUUGCAUUUAAAGCGCUCAAGGAGCCUCAUGGAUCCUGCAGCAGUGACCGGGAGCGCGUCUGAUGAACGGUACAGAGUCAUGGGCUACAAUAAUAAUAACUUUUCGGAACCAACCAAACUUCCGUUUAACAGGAGCACAGAGCAGAGCGCAGUGAGCGACAGGACGUCUGUGAUCAUCGCCAUCUCCAUCACGGCCAUUUACACCGCCAUCUGCGCGCUGGGGCUGCUGGGAAACCUGCUGGUCAUGUACGGCGUGGUCAGGUACACAAAGAUGAAGACUGCAACCAACAUUUACAUCUUCAAUCUGGCUCUGGCAGAUGCUUUGGCCACCAGCACACUGCCAUUCCAGAGUGCCAAGUAUCUGAUGAGGACCUGGCCUUUCGGGGAGCUGCUGUGUAAAAUAAUCAUUGCUAUUGAUUACUACAAUAUGUUCACCAGUAUCUUUACUCUGACAAUGAUGAGUGUAGACCGCUACAUUGCUGUGUGCCACCCAGUGAAGGCUCUCGAAUUCAGGACUCCUGUCAAAGCAAAGAUCAUCAACGUCUGCAUCUGGAUCCUGUCAUCUGCCAUUGGUAUUCCAAUCAUGAUCAUUGCUGUAACAAGAGUGAUGGACAAUGGUAAAACCAACUGCAUGCUGAAAUUUCCCGACCCUGAAUGGUAUUAUGACAAUGUGACGAAGAUUUGUGUGUUCAUCUUUGCCUUUGUGGUGCCUGUUUUGGUGAUCUCGGUCUGCUAUGGGCUGAUGAUCCUGCGGCUGAAAAGUGUACGCUUGCUGUCUGGUUCCAAAGAGAAAGACAAGAACCUGCGCCGCAUCACCCGUAUGGUGCUGGUAGUGGUGGCAGCCUUCAUCAUCUGCUGGACACCCAUCCAUAUCUUCAUCAUAAUCAAGACCUUCAUAGAGAUUGACCAGAAGAACCCAGCUGUGAUCAUCAGCUGGCACUUGUGCAUCGCUCUGGGCUACAUGAACAGCAGCCUAAACCCAGUCCUGUAUGCUUUCCUGGAUGAGAACUUCAAGAGAUGCUUUCGAGAAUUUUGCCUGCCCUUCCGCUCUCACAUGGAGCAGAGCGGCUUUUCCCGAGCCCGCAACACCAACAGGGAACCUGUCUCAGUCUGUGGCAUAGCAGAUUCAGUGAGAAAGCCCACAUGACUAGUCCUGGUCCAGGGAUCACCUGGACGACCAAAUAGAAAUCAACAGGACCUACAGUAUGAGUGCACGCAAAUCUCCACUACUGAGUUCUGAGUCACCCCAUAGAAAAUUUUCAAGAUGAUCACACAGUUAACAUUGAAUUCACAUAAGCCAACAUGUAUGAAAUGGUCUGAAGAGUUAAGGUAAAGAGAUACGUAGGGUGCAGCAUCAUCUCUUGCUGAUUUUGGUACGACUUUAUUCUCAUAAAAUCUAAUGAAUUUUCUAACUCAAUGUAAAUCCUAAUAACUUUGGACAAGAUGAAGUUGGAAUUAGAUGCCUUUACAGUCAGCCCAAUCAUCAUUACCUGAUGACGUACACUAUAUGGGCAAAAGUUUGUGGACAAAAGGUUGAGGACAGGGCUCUGUGCAGACCACUCGAGUUCUUCCACUCCAACCUUGGCAAGCCAUGUCUUCAUGGACCUCACUCGCAUGCUGGAACAGGAUUGGGCCCACAUAUGGGUGUGAUUAUCAGGUGUCCACAAACAUUUGGCCAUAUAGUGUAUGAACCUUUUGAAUUUCUGUAGUGUCACUACAUCCUUUCUUAUUUUAGUAUGUAACAAUAUCUGUUAGUUGGAAACAGACUAUGAAAAAACCCAGAAACACACACUAUAAGAAGUUAAAGAUAACUUAUCUUCAAAGAGGUUUCAUGGUUCAAGAGAUGACUUGCUGUUAAAAUGAAAUUUUAUUUCUCAUAGCCUUAAGAAGUUUAUUGGAAACAUGGAUGGUGAAAAAAUAUACUGCAAUAGAGAAAUUAUGACUGUCUUGACAAUGAGACUGGACUGAAGGAAAUUAGUCACAGUGAGUCAGUGACAUUACUAAACAAAAUCAUACACUGAUCAGCCAUAACAUUAAAAACCACCUACCUAACAUUGUGUAGGUCCCCUUCGUACCACCAAAACAGGAAAAACAUGCUAGACCCAUCGAGGCAUGGACUCCACAAGACCUCUGAAGGUGUGUGUGGUAUCUGGCACCAAGAUGUUAGCAGCAGAUCCUUGAAGUCCUGUAAGUUGUGAGGUGAGGCCUCCAUGGAUCAGACUUGUUUGUCCAGCACGUCCCACAGAUGCUCGAUCGGAUUGAGAUCUGGGGAAUUUGGAGGCCAAGUCAGCACCUUGAACUCUGUCAUGUUCCUCAAACUGUUCCUGAGUGCCAGGACAUCAGUGUUUCCCAGCAGAACAUUGCCCAGAGCAUCGUAGUGCCUCCCCCGACUUGCCUUCUUCCCGUAGUGCAUCCUGAUGCCAUCUCUUCCCCAGGUAAGUGAUGCACAUGCACCCGGAUGUCCACGUUAUGUAAAAGAAAAUGAUUCAUCAGACCAGGCCGCCUUCUUCCAUUGCUCCAUGGUCCAGUUCUGAUGCUCACCUGUCCAUUGUAGGCACUUUUGGCAGUGGACAGGGUCAGCAUGGACACUCUGACAGGUCCGUGGCUACGCAGCCCCAUACGCGGCAAACUGUGAUGCACUGUGUGUUCUGACAGCUUUCUAUCAGAGCCAGCUUUAACUUUUUCAGCAAUUUGUGCUACAGUAGCUCUUCUGUGGGAUCGGACCAGACGGGCCUUUGCUCCUCAUGCGCAUUAGUGAGCCUUGGACCACUUUUGGUAGGUACUAACCACUGCAUACCGGGAACAACCCACAAGACCUGCUGCUUUGGAGAUGCUCUGACCCAGUCGUCUAGACAUCACAAUUUGGCCCUUGUCAAAGUCACUCAGAUCCUCACGCUUGCCCAUUUUUCCUGCUUCCAACACAUCAACUUUGAGAACUGACUGUUUACUUGCUGCCUGAUAGAUCCCACCCCUUGAUAGGUGCCACUGUAAUGAGAUGAUCAAUGUUAUUCACGUCACCUGUCAAUGGUUUUAAUGUUAUAGCUGAUCGGUGUAUUUUCAACUCUGUAAAGAAUGUCUCUUAUUUUGGAUCUCUGUCUCUGUACCGGUCAAAGCUGGUUGACUUCCCAUUUUAUUGUAAGGCAUAAGAGACUAUUGAAAUGGAAACAAAGAAAUACACCAAGUGUUAAAGGCGACUACCUACACAGCAACAGGCACAAUGCUCCAUUUCAGUAAAAUCAUAAUAAAUUGCUGUAACUGACAAUCUAACUUAUGUUUAUGCCAACCACAGACACGUUUGCAAAGUUAAUAUUAUAAACUAAACUAUAAACCAUUUCAUUGUUAAAACCAUUUGUUUUAUUUCUUUUUUAUUAAAUAUUGGUAUACAUGUGACUGAAUACAGUGUAGUGAAAUCAAAUGUUGGAUGUAAGUCAAAUGUUAUUCUAAUUACGUGUAUUUGGUGACAGUUUGUGCGGUAAAACUACUUUUGACAUUUUUAUAAGCAUUUUAAUAUGUCCUUAGUGCCAGUAGCAGAAUGAAACGGGAAGCUGAUGCUUUUUUUCUUUUUCUUUCUUUCUUUCUUUCUUUUAAAGUAGUGGAGAGUUCAACUUCUGUUCAGAGUUCAUGUUCUGCUUUUUGGUAAUGUGGCUUUGGAUUGUAGUGUUUUGCACUGUGAGUGUUAAACAUUCCUCUGGUAAACAUGUACAACUUCAGUACGCUGCUUUAUUUCUUCUGCUUCUACAUCAACUGGAACUGAAUUAUAAUAACUGCAGUGUUGCUUCAAUAUUCUGAGCAUUUACGUAUUUUGUUGGACCCCUUUGUGUAUUUAUGAAAUAUUGAUAUAUAUUGAUGAAAUGUGUAUUGUUUUGUCAUAUAAAUAAAGCAUUAUUUAUUGUAUAAAUGGCAACUAAGGAGCUAGCUGUUUUGCUAACGUAUACCGAUUCAGAAAUGUAGUUGCGAGAAUAGACCUAAACAUAAUCCAUGAAUUAUUAUUAUUUUUUUUUUUUAAUUUCAUUGUAAAAAUAGGUACUUUCGAACUUGAUCCCAUAAAUGACUGUGUAAAAGCUGGACAUCAAAACUAAUGUCUAGAUAAAUUUCAAUUCUAAUCGUAUUUAAAAAGAGAACUAUAAACAGUUCAAAGGAAAGAUGGAUAAGAUCUGGAUGAUACCUAAAACUGGUCAGUUGGAGGAGGCUAUCAGACUUUUGCCUUCAGUCCAUCAGUAGGGAAUUUUUUAUUAGUGCAAUAUGUCAAAAAUAUAUGGUUAAAUGUAGGCUUUGUAUGGACUUAUCCUUGCUACUGAUUACAUUUUGGCAUGGAUGAACAUGAUCAAGGUAUAUUUUAAGGGUAUUUGAGACAAUUGGUAAUAAGAGCUAGAGUUGUUGGUAGUAAAGGCAUCCCAUGUCAAUGCCCUUGGUGUCAACAAGAAUGGAGCUAGUCAGGUUACAAGAUUUGUUUUUACCAUGUCAAUAAAGGAUGAAGGAUCCUUUGAAGGAUCAACUGGCCAACAGAAUUAUGGUUCUUUAUGCCAUCUAAUAGUUAAGCAUAUUUAACGAUAGCUGACUGUAUGUUUAUAAACAAGAUUUAAAAAAAGGGAAGGAAAAAGUUAAAAAGAUUAAAUCUACUUGCAUGGGAUAUAUUCAGUUAGUGGUAAAAUAAAAAAACACUAACUGAUGUAAAGCUAAUUGCAUUAUAUUUUUUAAACCAGGUAUAUAACAGUCACAUUAAAAACAUGCGAU